UUGUAGUCUAGCAGUUUGUUUAGACAACGACCCUAUGAUCCUUCCGCAUUUCAGAUGGAAAUGAUCAACACCAACAUCAGGAGAUGACAAUUUAGGAACUAUCUUGUUAAUUUACGUUAUAGCUAACUAAUCGAUUACACUUUGUUGUAAACGAAAUGGAAAUUUGAAUACUGAGUUGCUAUAUUUUCAUAAAAUCGUCUUGUUUCAAGCGUUUGGCAAAGUAAGACAUGUCUCUGUCUUGUUAGCUAACGUUAAUUAGCUGGUACUAGCUUGUUGACCCAGUGUUUUGCAGAUGGUAACUACUGUUGCUAAAUAACGUUACUCUUUGCAUGUAAUUUGAGAUACAUGGGAUAGUUUAUAUGAUUAAUGUGAAUAAUUGCGUCAGAAAUAAUUUUCCACAUAUGGCUACAAACAUGAGCUUGAUAGCUAACUAACCUGCGUGACCGAUAUCGAUUUCUCACGUAGAUAACUUAAAACACCUCUCCCUUCAAGUAGCAUUAGAAUAGACUGGUUGCUUUUCAACAAGGUUCCGUCCAUCAAUUCUACUAUCGAAUAUUUUCCUUGAUACUUUAUAUAAGAAGUAAUGUAAAUGAUUGAAAAUGCAAACUUUUUUUGUGUUUAAGAUGACUGUAUUGGGCAUAUAUUGUUAUGUCACAGCUAGCUAUCUAGCGGGGUGAUGUGCAUAUUAUUGGUGGCUGACCGUUGAUACUUGACACCCUGUGGGUGGGGUAAAGACAGUCUAAAUUUAUAGGCUCUUUCUCGGAGGGAAACAUGUUAGUUAUUUCUUUCGGAUCUAGUUAAUCACGUGUUUUUUCAGGAUGCAAGAUCUUCAAUACCUUGACAGUGAAACAUGUUGGCUUGUCAAAGAGCUGAAGUCAAACAUUUCUCAAGAAUCAUACUUUUUACCUAGGGAAACUGGCCUGAAUAUAAUGGAGUCUGCAGCAGAGAAUCACAAUGGAGUCUCUGCAAAAUGCAGAAAUGCCAAAGUUGAAGACUUGUGGAGCCUGACCAGUUUCUUUGGUUUCAGCACCCAGACAUUUGUUAUGGCUGUCAAUCUACUGGAUAGGUUCUUAGCCAUUAUGAAGGUCCAACCUAAGCAUCUGCCUUGCAUUGGAGUCUCCUGUCUCCAUAUUGCUGCCAAAAUGGUUGAGGAUGAGUGUAACAUCUCACCCACCCAUGAACUCAUCCGCAUCAGCCAAAGCAAGUUCACUGUUUCUGACCUCAGCCGCAUGGAGAAGAUCAUCUCUGGAAAACUCAAUUUGGAGCUCAAAGCCGUCACAGCCUUAACCUUUUUACACUUAUACCAUGCUGUCAUCGUUUCACUUACAUCAGAAAGGGAGGAGAUCCCAAGCAUUGGGAGACUGGAAGCCCAGCUAAAAGCCUGCUUAUGUCGGCUUAUUUUCUCUAAAGCAAAACCAUCGGUGCUGGCACUGUCUGUUAUUUGUCAGGAGUUUGAAGCCCUCCAGUCUCUUGCCAUGUUGGAAAUUGUCCAAGAAGUCCAAAGGCACCUAAAGAUUGUAGACAGUGAGUUACUCUACUGGAGGGGACUUGUGGCCAAAUGCAUGACUGAGUACAGCUCAAGUGAAUGUAACAAACCAGACAACAAGAAACUGGUGUGGAUCGUUUCCAGACGAACUGUCCAAAAUUUGCACGCUAAUAACUUCAGUGUCCCUGAACUGCCGACCAUUCCAGAGGGGAGCUGGGGUGAAAGUGAGAGUGACGAUUCCUGUGAGGACAUGAGCUGUGAAGAGGACAGCCCGUGCAGCUCUCCUGGCAGCGACGAAAAGGGAGCAUUCUUCCCCAUAGAGUUUCGCAACCAGGGCACAAAAUGAUACUCCCUCUUUUUGAUGAGCUGGAACUUGUGAUUGAGAUUGUGUAACCAGGGUGCUAACUGUAACUUUCGCUAAAUGUAAUGUUUCCCCUUCCUUGUAGUCAUGAUUCAGAACCAAAUUGUUUCUUUCACUUAGCAUACUGUAUGUGUGACAGACUGGUAUCAAACUCGGGUUGCCUGCGAGCCUUGUUAGCCCUCUCCACUAAAGCCUAGGUGUGGACAUAAGUCUUCCUGUCUAAAGCUAGAUUACUGAUCACGGGAGAUUAGUCCAACAAACCACCUCUGCUACAUACAUAUGUAUUCUGGAAAUACUGAACAACAGGCCCUAUCAAGUGCCUGUGUUAGUCCAUGUGCUGUUUUUAAACUUUUGUUAUGAUUUUAGAUCUGAGUGAGAUUUAAAUUGCAAUAUCUUGGCAGCUGACUGGCAAUAAGAUCUUUGAAAGCCUUUUUAAAGAUGUUGCUGGUGUCAAUCUAUGUCCAAAUUUGACACAUUCCAGGUGACAUUAAGCACAAUGGUGAAAUUAUUUUCUUCCUAGGAUGUCAAACCUGUGCACUGACUGUUUAAAUCAAUGGGAAAUACCCAACAUAUUGGUACAUUUGUGCAAAAAUGUACCUGUUUUAUAGAAUAAUAUUCAUGUAAAAGCUUCCUAUACACCACGUUAUUGUAAUGUGUUCGUAAGAUUAUAUACAGGAUGAUACUGUAUUCUAUGAAUGGUGACUUGUAUGUAAAUGUGAUUGUGUUUGAGAAUGAUGGGGAUUGUUGUCUAUUGAGAUUCAGUACAUGUGCAAAAUAUUUAUAUUUAAACAAAUAACAAUGUACAUAAAAUGAAGAAAGUUGUAUCAUGCUUUGUGAAUAGGCCAUCUUAUGUUACUGUAUAUCAACAUUGUUAGAAAUGAACCAAGAACCCAACAAAUAAAAGAAUAUUUUUAAA